AUGUGGGAACCUUCAUUCGUCGAAAAUGUGCUUUACUUAGCUGAUUCUUACAAGGUAUUCUAUGUUUGUAGAGGUUUCCAUUGCUUAGAUUUAGAAUUGCUUUACCAGAUUACUCAUCAUAAUCAAUAUCCUGAAGGAACGACUAAUGUUUAUUCAUAUUUUGAAAGCAGAGGAGGAAAAUUUCCUGAGGUGUGCUUCUUCGGUCUGCAGUAUAUUCUUAAACGAUGGCUCGUUGGAGCUGUCGUUACACAUGAAAUGAUAGAUGACGCCAUAAAAUUUUACAAUAGCCACUUCAAUAUGCACGUUUUCAAUGAGGCUGGCUGGAGACAUAUUGUGGAGAAGCAUAGAGGCCAUCUUCCACUUCGGAUAAAAGCCAUACCAGAAGGUUGUGUAGUUCCAACGAAGAACGUCCUCUUCACCAUUGAAAAUACUGAUCCUGCAGUUCCGUGGCUCACUAACUGGUUUGAGAGCGCCGGGAUAGGUGGUGCUGCACAUUUAGUCAAUUUUAUGAGUACUGAUACGAUUGCCGGUUUGAAGCUUUGUCAGAAAUACUAUUCUUGCGAGAUGGCGGGUUUUAGUAUACCAGCUACCGAACACAGCACGAUUACUACAUGGAAACGUGAGGGUGAGGUGGCUGCUUUUCGAAAUAUGUUGAAGCAAUAUCCAAAAGGUUUGAUCUCCGUUGUGUCCGACUCUUACGACGUGUUUCAUGCGGUUUCCAUUAUUUGGGGAAAGGAACUUCGUGAAGAAGUUAUUGAGCGAGGUGCCGACGGCUGUCUUGUCAUACGUCCUGAUUCGGGCGACCCUAUCUCGGUAUUAGUAAAGGUGCUAACGUUACUAGAGGAGAACUUUCCUGUAACUGUGAAUAGUCGUGGGUACAAAAUACUGCCAGCAUAUCUUCGUGUUAUUCAAGGUGACGGCAUAAAUUAUGAAUCAACUGGUGCAAUUCUUGAAGCGUUGAUGGAAGCCGGAUGGAGUACAGACAAUGUUGUGUUUGGUGCUGGUGGUGCUCUUCUACAGAGAGUCGACCGUGACACGCAAAAAUGUGCGUUCAAAUGCAGCCAUGUCGUUGUCAAUGGAGAACAAAGAGAUGUUUACAAGAAUCCUGCAACUGACGAGGGAAAACGAUCUAAAAAGGGAUAUUUGACAUUAGAACUCAAUUCAUCAGGGAGUAUGGAAACUGUCCAGGAGGGACUAGGUGAUCCUAAAAAGGAUCUUCUUCAAACGGUCUUUGAGGACGGUCAUCUCUUAGUUGACUGGACACUAGAUGAAAUUCGCAAGAGAGCUGAAAUAGACCUAGAGAAGAUAUGGAGGCGGAAAUCGCAUGUGAAUGGAUACUCGGACAAUUCGAUGGAUCCUCUAACUGGUUUGUCAAGAAUGUUCCGUUACCGAUGGUUUCCUCAUUCUUUUGGUAGUUUACGAUGUAUUUCGAUCAAGGAAAAGUUGAAAGGAUACGAGUUUCCCGAACUCAAAAAAGAGGACUGUGAACAAGUGUUGGAUCGAUACCUUCAGAAAUACGUAUCCGGUUGGGGUCCAGGUGGACAAAAGGUGAAUACUGCUCAGAACGCCGUUCAACUUCGGCAUCUCCCUACUGGACUAGUGGUGAAGGUGGAACAUGGUUUAUUCAAAUUGUUUUUACAGGUACAUGAGUCUCGUCUUCUGUCAAAAAACGUCGACAUUGCUUUCGAACGGAUGAAACAUGCUCUAGAUCGACAUCUUAACGGUGACAAUUGCUACGAAGAACAAUACAAGAAGUUGCAACGAGAUAAAGAGGCAAGAACAAAUCGGAAACGGGAAUCACAACGGCUCAAACGAAAGGAGCUGAUUGGGUCAACAGAAUAUUCACAGGGUGAUCGAUAA